CUUAAUCGGUAAAAUAGAAUAGUCAUCAUAUAUUUACAUAUAUAACUGAUCUUCAUACAAAAAUAUUUAUUAUAUUUGGAAAUAUAAACGUAUAUAUUAUUAGAAACUUAACCUAUGCGUGUAUUAAUUAUAAUUGAAAAGAAAUCGAUCUGGCAUUGAUUUAAUGCAAAAUAGAAUACAGUACUGCUUAUAGCAGAAAUAGAAAUGUCAAAUUUGAAUAAUUAUUACUAUGCUCAAUAUGCAUCAAUAUCUGAAAGUGAACCUAAUUAUGAUUCUGAUAAUCCAGAGGUUUUUGAAGCUCUUAAAAACUCUCCAACUCAUAUUCAAUUUAUUAAUAUCAUUGAAAAAAGAAGGAACAAAGAAUUAUUAUAUGAACAUUGGAAAAAUAUAAUUCGUCAUGAGUCAAUUAUAGAAAUAAAAGAUCAAAUCAAAAAAGAAUGUGGUAUGAAAGUUCAAUUAAGAGAUAGAGUUGUAACAUAUAUCUACAAGCCUGAAAUAGAUAAUGAUGGAAAAUAUUUUCGAUUUAAAUUUGUUUAUCGUUAUAGCAAAAUAUUACAUAAAUGGUAUUUUUCUUUGGGUUGUAGUUUUUUACCUGAUAUAUUAAAAAUCAGAAAUGUAUUAAAAUAUGAUAUACACAAUCCGAUUGGUCCUAAAAUAAUUAAGAUCAUGAAAAAAAUGAGAGAAGUUAUAGAUGCCUUUAUAGAAUCAUAUUUGUAUAUUUUUCAAAUUAUUGAUUAUGCAGAAAAAAAAUAUCCAGAUAUUGCAUUUCAAGUAAAUCGAAAUCAUACAAAUUUAAAAAUGUUGUUGAUGGAGAAGACAUGGCCAAAGAGUAUAAAGAAGAUAAAUACAACAGAUAUAAUUAUUGUUACCUUUACAUUUGAUAAAAAUCUUGAAAUUGACAUUAUUGAUUUUGAAUAUCUAUUCAAUGAAAAUGAAUUAGUAUCAGAAGAUAUAAAAAAAAUGUAUAUAAAUUUAUUGUGGAAUAAGUUAGAAGUUUUUAUAAAAUUACCUUUCUAUGAAGCAUUUACACAUUUUAUGGAAGAAUAAUGCAUAAUUAUGAAGAAAAUAUUUUUUUGUUCUUCUAUUAAUUUUAUUUCUUUACAUAAAUACAUAAACAUAUGUUUGCAAUUUAAAUAAAUAAAAGUGCAUUCAUUAUCUAUUUAUUUUAUCCAUUAAGUUUAUAAUAUGAUUUUGUAUGAUUUUUUUUCUAUUUGAUGUUUUGUACUUGAUGUUUUAUAAUUAAUUGUUAUAUAUAACACGAUUUUUUUGAGAGAUAAACAUGUUUAUUAUGUAUAACAAACAAAUGUUUCAUUCUAAUCCUAAUACUUAAUUAUUAAUAAGUAUACAAAAUUAUUUUGUAGGAUAUAUUUAAUCUCACAAUUGACUGUAUAUC